AGCUCCACAGAAGAGCAUUUCUGAAGAAGUAAUACACCAUAACAUGAUAGUAUACUCAAUUUUUGAAGACUGGAAACUUGAAGAUGAGAUAAAUUACCUGGAAAACCAAGACAAACUUUUGAAUCAAGUUACAUUUAUUAACAAUAAGUCACUGACUGAGGAGAUAGACCAAGAAUAUAACACACUGUGGAAAGUAGUUCAUCUGAACAGAACAUCUAAUGAACACAUCAGAGCCUUCAUACAUAAGUCUUACCUCUCUGCACAACCAAAAUUUCUAACAAGUGAAAAAUAUAAAUGUAUUCAGUGUGGGAAAGCCUUCAGUGGAAAGUCAGGACUUACUGUACAUCAGAGAAUUCAUACUGGGGAAAAACCGUACAAAUGUAAUGAUGAAAACGCCUUUAUUCAGAAGUCACAGCUCACUGUACAUCAGAGAACUCAUACAGGAGAGAAACCCUAUGAAUGUAGUGAAUGUGGAAAAGCAUUCAUCCAGAAGUCAAACCUCUUUAUUCAUCAGAGGAUUCACACAGGGGAGAAACCCUAUGAAUGCAAUGAAUGUGGGAAGGCUUUCAUCAAGAAGUCAACACUUAGUGUUCGUCAAACAGCUCAUACGGGAGAGAAACCAUAUGAAUGUGAUGAAUGUGGAAAAGCCUUUAUCUGGUGGUCACAGCUCAUUGUACAUCAGAGAAUUCAUACUGGGGAGAAACCCCAUAGAUGUAAUGAGUGUGGAAAAGCCUUCAACAGGAAGUCAGAACUAAGUGUGCAUCACAGAAUUCAUACUGGGGAGAAACCCUUUGAAUGUAAUGAAUGUAAAAAAGCCUUCAUUCAGAAGUCAGAUCUCAUUGUACAUCAGAGAACUCACACUGGGGACAAAAGAUACCAAUGCAAUGAAUGUGGGAAAACCUUCAUCUGGAGUUCACAGUUCGUUGAACAUCAGAGAAUUCAUACUGGGGAGAAACCCUAUGAAUGUAGUGAAUGCAGAAAAGCUUUUAUCCAGAAAUCACAACUCAUUAUGCAUCAGAGAAUCCAUACUGGGACAAAACCAUAUGAAUGCACUGAAGAGAAAUGUAAAUGUAAACUAUGUGAUAAAUCCUUCAGCCGAAACACUAGUCUUAUUCAACAUCAAAGAAUACAUACUGGAGAGAAACCUUAUGAAUGUAAUGAAUGUGGGAAAGCUUUUAGUCAGAGCACUAACCUUAUUCAACAUCAAAGAGUCCAUACUGGGGAGAAACCUUAUAAGUGUAAUAAAUGUGAAAAAGCUUUUAGUCAUAGGUCAUCCCUUAGAAAUCAUGAGAGAAUACAUAGUGGAGAAAAACCCUAUCCUUGUAAUGAAUGUGGAAAAGUUUUCAGCCAUAUUUCAGCCCUUACUCAACAUCACAGAAUUCACACUGGAAAGAAACCAUAUGCAUGUGUUGAAUGUGGGAAAACCUUCAGCCGGAGCACACAUCUUAUAGAACAUCAAGGCGUUCAUUCUGGGGAGAAAUCCUACCAGUGUAAGAAAUGUAGGAAAGUUUUUUGCCACAGCUCAUCACUAAUCCGACAUCAGAGAACUCACACAGGAGAAAAGCCCUACAAAUGUAAUGAAUGUGGAAAAACUUUCAGCCAUAAUCCAGCCUUCAUUCAACAUCAGAGAAUUCAUACUGGAGAGAAACCUUAUGAAUGUAAUGAAUGUGGAAGAGCUUUUAGUCAGAGCACUAACCUUAUUCAACAUCAAAGAGUCCAUACUGGGGAGAAACCUUAUGAGUGUAAUGAAUGUGAAAAAGCCUUUAGUCAUAGGUCAUCCCUUAGAAAUCAUGAGAGAAUACAUACUGGAGAAAAACCCUAUCCUUGUAAUGAAUGUGGGAAGGCUUUCAGCCAUAUUUCAGCCCUUACUCAGCAUCACAGAAUUCACACUGGAAAGAAACCAUAUGCAUGUGUUGAAUGUGGGAAAACCUUCAGCCGAAGCACACAUCUUAUAGAACAUCAAGGCGUUCAUUCUGGGGAGAAAUCCUACCAGUGUAAGGAAUGUAGGAAAGUUUUUUGCCACAGCUCAUCACUAAUCCGACAUCAGAGAACUCACACAGGAGAAAAACCCUACAAAUGUAAUGAAUGUGGAAAAGCCUUCAGCCAUACCCCAGCCUUCAUUCAACAUCAGAGAAUUCAUACUGGAGAGAAACCCUAUGAGUGUAAUGAAUGUGGAAAGGUCUUUAAUCGGAGUGCACAUCUUACUGAACACCAGAGAACUCACACUGGAGAGAAACCUUAUGUUUGUAAGGAAUGUGGAAAAACUUUCAGCCAAAGUGCACACCUUACUGAACAUCUAAAAAUACAUUCUGGUGUGAAACCCUAUCAAUGUAAUGAAUGUCAAAAACUAUUUUACUAUAGAACAUCACUAAUUCGACAUCAGAGAACUCAUACAGAAGAGAAACCCUACCAGUGUAAUGAAGGGAAAACCUUCGGCUUAAGCUCAGCCCUUACUAAACAUAAGCGAACACAUACAGUGGAGAAACCUUAUCAGAGUAAUGAAUGUGGGAAAACCUGCAGCCAUAGGUCAUCCCUUAACCCUGAGCACUCACAGUAG